CAUUACGGUGGGGUUGAUCAUUCGUCAAUGAACAAAAGAACGGAAAACUUCAAAACAUUUUGUUGCUGUUGUUUUUUAUUAUAUUGAAUUAUUUUUUUGGGUACUAACCGAUUCAGUUCGGUACUGAUACAUAAAAAAUGGGAAUGAUAAUGAAAAUUUUACAGAUUAUUCUUUAUUCGAUUAUUCUAGAUGUGAAUAUUUCUUUAUCCGAACCGGAUCGUCAUUGUUUGGAUUGUAUUUGUCAGGCAUCAAGUGGCUGUAAACGAAAUAUACAAUGCCAUAAUAGUGGUAAUGGACAAUAUUAUUGUGGACCAUAUCAAAUAUCAUGGGCAUAUUGGGCUGAUGCCGGUAAACCAGGUGAUGCCGGUUUUGCUAAUGAUUUUGAACAAUGUUUAGUAAAAAAAUCCUGUUCCGAAGCUGCUGUUCGUGGUUAUAUGAAAAAAUAUGGAAAUGAUUGUAAUGGUGAUGGCCAUGUUGAUUGUCUUGAUUACGCUGCCAUACACAAGGCCGGACCUUCCGGAUCAUGUCAACCAUCAUGGCUUCUUGAAAGUAAAUAUUGGCUUGAAUUUCAACAAUGCUAUUCACAUUCAUCAUCAUCAUCAUCAUCAUUAUCAACGGAAACAUCCUUCAGGGACAAUUCCAAUUCACCAUACAAUACAAUGAUCGAAAUACCUAGAAAUAAGCCUCCAUUUUUGCCACCAUUACCACCUCCAUUGAUAUUGCCACCAGUACAUGCCCGAGCAUCUGCAUCGGUUCCAGGAGCAUCGGCAUCGGCCUCAGCUACUGCUGGAUUUGAUUCAAACAAUGGUAAUCCAUUAACUGUUGCAUCAACAUCAAUUGGAAAUGGUAACGAUGAAAUUGGCACUGAAAUCGUUGAAACAUAUCCACCAUUACCAUCUUCGCCCAGAAGAUUAGGAUCAUUGAAUCGACCAAAUCAGAUUCCGCCCAUUCCAGGCGUUUUUGUCAAUAAACCUCAACCAUCCAGUCCGGUUCUAGUUCCUUCGGCGAAUUUUAAUCGUAUAAAACCAAUUAGAUUCAAUUUUCAAAAUUCACCGUCUCCUUCGAUAAGACGCGAAGAUUAUUCCUCAGCAAUGAAUUCAGUUUCAAAUGUUGAAGAACCUGAAGAAAUUGUUGUUUCUGAAGCUCAAGAAUUGAUACCUUAUGACUGUCUUCAAUGUUUAUGUCAUGCAAGUAGCAAAUGUGAUUUAAACAAAGGGUGUGAUGGUGCUUAUUGUGGUCCAUAUCUUUUGAGCUGGGGAUAUUGGGCUGAUGGUGGAAAACCAGGUGGUGAAUAUGCUACCUGUUCAAAGCAAAAACCAUGUUCUGAAACAGCCAUUCAAGGUUAUAUGGCUAAAUGGAAACGUGAUUGUAAUCAUGAUGGAACGAUUGAUUGUAUUGAUUUUGCAUUGAUUCAUAAACUUGGACCACACGGAUGCGAAAAAAUUCAAGCACUGCAAUCGACUGAUUAUUGGAAUCAAUUCAGCCAAUGCCAUCAAACUGAAAGUGGAAACAAGCCAGCACGAUCAACUAGACCAGUACUAGUUGAAGUACCAAGACCACAACCAAUAAUAUCUACACGUUCUAGUGAGCCAUUCAUCCGUCCAUCACCUAAUUCAAAUGAAGAUGAAUCGAAUAUUGAACAACCACAACCUAGAGGCGUGGUGAUCCGAGUGAAUAAUCGUGAUUUAAUUAAUACAAACAACAAUCAUUUACGAUCACCACCGCCACCAAGACCUCCAACGCGAAUCGAUUUAGGUACGUUAAACACAUCGCAGCCGAUUAUCAUUCGAAUUAAACCACCAAUCAAUUCAAAUGAUCCGAGUCGAAUAAAUAUACCGGAAAUAAGGCCACGUCCACCUACAUUACAACCGAAACCAGUCGAAAUAAUUGAAGAACCACCAGCCAUUAUCGAACCACGACGGCCAGUUAUUAGUGAUAAUGACGAUUUUUUUAGUCAACCAAGACCGUUGGAUCAACCGUCAUCGUCACAUAAUGAGCAGCCAAAUGUUUCAGAAAUUCCAAGACAGCCUUCACCUUUACCGCCAUCUCCACCAAGACCAAAACCACUUUCAAGACAAAAUGCAACAACAAAUAAUUUGGUUACAGUUGAGUGUUUAGAAUGUAUCUGUUAUGCAUCAAGUAAAUGUAAUCCAUCAAUUGGUUGUCGAUCCGAAGGGACGGGUAAAUAUGUAUGUGGAUCAUAUCAGGUUGAUUGGGAAUAUUGGAUGGAAGCAGGUAAACCUGGAAAUCGUGCCGAUCUAUCGAAUGUUGAAAAUUUUCAAAUGUGUAUGAAUAAUCGUGAAUGCGCAGAUAAAACUGUAACCGAAUAUCUAAAACGUUUCCGUAAAGAUUGUAAUGAAGAUGGUCAUAUUGAUUGUAAUGAUUAUGCUGCAUUACAUAUUGGUGGUCCUAAACAUUGUGGGGCUCAAUGGUAUCUUGAUUCGAAAUAUUAUUCCGAUUUUAGAGAAUGCUUUGAUUUUUGAUUUUGGCGUUGUAAGAAAAAGUGUGAAAAAAAUGAGCGAUGCAAUUUUUGUUUAUUUUUUUAUAUACAAAACA